UUAAUAUUAUUUAAAUGAUUUCUUUUUAAAAAAUUAUAGAUCAAGAUAUAUUAAGGAAUGUUUUAAAUUAGUAGCUAAUAAAGUUUACAGAAAAACGAAGAAUUUAUUGAACAAACAGAAGUCCGAAAAUGUAGUUGAAGUGUAGACAGUUGCUCAGACUUCCGGUUAAAAUGAGGAAUUCGUAAUUUUUUAAUACAGUUUUUAAAUUUAUCCCAGUUUUGAAUAUAUUCCAGUUUUUGAAAAUAUCAAGUUCUUUUCCUCGAGUAAACAUUUUUCUAGUCUUCAGGGUAUGGUCACACUUGACUCGUAUUUUGUUUUUUGUUGCUGUUCCGCUGACUUGUUUUCUGUUUAAUCGCAGUUGCGCAUAUUUUCCGCAUAUUUUCCGUCAUUAAAAACGUUAUUAAAUGCUGCUGCCCCCUUUUAUUUGCUUGUGCUAGGAGCUUGGAGCCUUUGGAUUCAAUUGGAUAGACAUACACACAUAUACAGACAGGAAGGAGCAUCGGAUUCAAGGAUAAUUGUCAAGGACUGCAGCAACAAAAACACAGCAAACAUGUCGGUGGCCGGGCUUCGGCAGUGUCUGUUGCUCUGGAGCGUUGACUAUUGGAACCUGGAAGUCAUGGCGGACAAUGUGUUCAAGUCGCACGAUAUCGGGCUGCGAGCUCAGAAGAAAAUCCUCUCACGCAUGGCGACGAAAAACAUCGCCAAGACCUUUAUCGAUGGAACGACAGCCUCGCUGCUGGACAACCUCUACCGGCUAUGCAAGAUGCACACGGGAAACAAGACCAAGGCGGAGAAGCUGAUCAAGAACAUCAUCAAAAUAGUCAUCAAGAUUGGAGUGCUCCAUCGAAACAAUCAGUUCAGCGAGGAGGAACUCCAAAAGGCGGAGAACUUCAAGAGAAAGUUUCAGAACACCCAACUCUCCAUCAUAUCAUUCUACGAAGUGGACUUCACCUUUGACCUGGCGUACCUGCAAAAAUCCAUAGCCGAGUCGCAUGUGGCGCUCAAGUCCAUUGUGCAGCCGCAUCUCACCGAGAAAUCGCUGGGCCGCAUCGAUGAGGUGUUCGAUUUCUUUGGUGAGGCGGCCCUGUUGGAAACCGCUUUCAGAUCCGAUUCCCCCUAUCGCGAGGUGAUGGGAAAAAUCGUGGCCGACAUUAACUCCGCCAUGGAAACGGGCGACAUCUGAGCUCAGGGCAGGGCAGGACAGGGCAGGGGCAGAGCUGUCGUUGCGUGCUAUGAAAGAAAGGCUAUCUAUUGAAACCAAAAAAGAAAAGCAAACAGCUGCUAGUGGCGAAUGGAGAGCGCUUGCUUAACUAAGCUCACCCACCAACAGCAACACCAAAAUACAAAAUCUAGAUAUAGAACAGCAAAGGCAGUGGGGGGAACAGAACAGAAAGGCGAUAGAAAGAACAGAAAGUAACUAAAAAAGGCAUAUGUUUAAUGAAGAGUUAAAUUUAGUUUAAAUAGUGAUAUCAUUGACAACAAUAUCAAAAGUGUAAAGACGUCCGUAUUGAUUAUUUUGAUGACAACGUUAACAUUUGUGUACUCAAGAUCUACUCUAUCUACUGUAAUGUUUAAUAUUUAGGAAAACCAAAUGCAUUUCGCCAAAGGAAUUCAAUCCAAAUCCGAACGGAAACUGUAAACUCAAGCAAAAUGCUUUUAAAUGGUGUGUAAGUCGUUGAUCGUCUAGUACGUGUAUGCCUGUAACUUUAUGUGUGUGUCAGUCCAGUCUAGGUGUUAAUUGGAAAAUACUUCUGCACAAAAAGCAAUUAUUCGUGGUCUACUUUUUGAUACUCUAAGACUCGCUCUAC